UUGUAUGGCAAUAAUAUACAUAAUAUGCCGCUUUGGGCACAUUCCCGGAAAGCGGCUAUAUCUGUCGUUAAACCUGUUGCAUGUCACCGCGAACUUUAACCCAGUUCGAGACAACCGUGACUGGAGUGCUCACACAGCUAAUUUGAGUCGAGGAUGAUGAGGGAGGCGGUCAAAUUUGGCUAGCAAUCCAGACGCCACAUUUCGGCCAAUCAGAAACCGAUUUGGCGCGCUGGAACCAAUCAGAAAGCGGCGUCGGGUGCGCAUUUACUUUGGACGACGGGCUUGAGGCCAUGGACGGAAUGAGAAGAGCCCUCGUUAAGAUCCCAAACUUUUAGCAGUAAUUUUCGACGCCAGCCUGCACGGGCUUGUUCUGGUGCAGUCAUGGGGGAAAUCGAGGGCUCCUACCGGAUCCUCCAGACCCCGGGCACGAGACUGGGUGCUCAGUUCAACGCGGGUAUCAGCACAUUGGAACCUGGCCAGGGCCUUAACACCAAUGUGGUGGUGACCAAGGGUCCUGGACGGGGGCUUCAAGUCCGCGUGCAAGGUCUGGACGAGUCGCUGGAGUUUUUCGAUUUAGACCCAAGAGCUUUGGGGCAGGAUCUUCUCUCUGAGGUGUUUCUGCGAGGCAACCUCAUCGAGAGCGAUUACUUUGGACUGGAGUUUCAGAACAUGCAGAUGAACUGGCUUUGGCUGGAGCCCACCAAACUCAUUGUGAAACAAAUCAGAAGACCAGCAAAUUCUCUGUUUAGACUGGCUGUGAAAUUCUUCCCCCCUGACCCUGGUCAGCUGCAGGAGGAGUUCACCAGGUACCUGUUCUCCUUACAGAUGAAAAGGGAUCUGAUGGAGGGUCGCUUGAUCUGCACAGAAAACACCGGAGCCCUCCUUGCCUCGCACCUUGUCCAGUCUGAGAUCGGCGACUACGAUGCGGCUGCCGAUCAAGAUUUCCUUAUGAACAACAAGCUGCUGCCUUACCAAGAGAAAGUCCUGGAGGCCAUCGUGGACUACCACCGCAGACACUUUGGCCAGACCCCUGCCGAAUCAGACUUCCAAAUCUUGGAGAUCGCCCGCAAACUGGAGAUGUACGGUGUGCGCUUCCACCCGGCAGCCGACCGGGAAGGAACCAAGAUCAACCUGGCCGUAGCUCAUAUGGGCCUUCAGGUUUUUCAGGGCCACACCAAAAUAAACACAUUCAACUGGUCCAAGAUUCGCAAGCUAAGCUUCAAGAGGAAGCGCUUUCUGAUCAAACUCCACCCAGAAGUUCACGGCCCCCAUCAGGACACUCUUGAAUUCAUGAUGGGCAGCAGGGACCAGUGUAAGGUCUUCUGGAAGAUCUGUGUGGAGUAUCACUCCUUUUUCCGUCUCUUUGACCAACCCCAGCCAAAACCCAAGACCCUACUUUUUACCAGAGGCUCUUCUUUCAGAUACAGUGGGCGGACACAGAAGCAGCUUGUGGAGUAUGCGCGGGAGAACGGCGCCAAGAGAACACCAUACCAGAGGAGGAACAGUAAAAUACAAACGUCAUCUCGAUCCCUCACCAUUGAUGUGCCAAAACAGAGCUUCUCGUUUAACGAGCGUCUCCGCACGCCAUGCUCGCCUCCGUCGUCCUACCACCCAACACACAUCGCUGUCAGUCCACGGAAAGACCACCCAGCUCUCAAUCAUCAUCACCAUCAACAGCAGUCGCCUUCACCUGCCAUGCAGCCCAUGCCAGAGUCCCCCCAGAAGCAACAGCAGCAGCCUCAGCCUCACAUCCCCUCGAAGGAAGAAGCCGUGAACGGCGGCAAUCCCCCAACUCCCUACACUUUCCCAGACAUGGCAUUGGACAGCCCCCAGUUGUCCCCAUUUGACGUCGCUGGCCCCUUCUGCCUGUCGCCCUCCUUCCAGAUGUCGACCCUCAGCCUGCCUGGCCAGGCUGCUGCCACUGCCCCCUCGCCGUUGCAGAGCCCCGUCCUGAGCGAGGUGGGCAGCAAUGCCAGAGUAGAGGAGGAGGAAGAGGGCAGGAGGAAGCGGUAUCCUGCUGACAAGGCCUACUUCAUUGCCAAAGAGAUUUUGACCACGGAGAGAACCUACCUGAAGGACUUGGAAGUCAUCACUGUAUGGUUUCGCAGUGCAGUGAUCAAGGAAAAUGCCAUGCCCGACGGAUUAAUGACGCUGCUCUUCUCCAACAUCGAUCCCAUUUACGAGUUCCACCGCGGUUUCCUCAAGGAGCUGGACCAACGACUAGCUCUCUGGGAGGGUCGCUCUAAUGCACACGUCAAAGGUGACUACCAGAGGAUUGGUGACGUGAUGCUGAAGAACAUGUCUGCUCUCAAGGGCUUCACCAGCUACCUGCAGAAGCACGACGAGGUGUUGACGGAGCUGGAAAAGGCCAGCAAGCGACUGAAGAAGCUGGAGACUGUUUACAAGGAGUUUGAACUGCAGAAGGUGUGCUACCUGCCACUCAACACCUUCCUACUCAAGCCCAUCCAGCGCCUCAUGCACUACAAGCUCAUCCUGGAACGCCUGUGCAAGCACUAUGGGUCCGCACACCGCCAUCACACAGACUGCAAAGAGGCGCUAAAGGAGGUGGCAGAGAUCGCUGCGCAACUUCAGAGCAGCCUCAUCCGCCUUGAGAACUUCCAGAAGCUUACUGAGCUGCAGCGAGACCUCAUCGGGAUCGACAAUUUGACGACGCCUGGCAGGGAAUUCAUUAGGGAGGGCUGCCUCUACAAGCUGACCAAGAAGGGACUACAGCAAAGAAUGUUCUUCCUGUUCACCGACAUGCUCCUCUACACCAGCAAAGGAGUUACAGCAACCAAUCAGUUCAAAGUGCACGGCCAGCUCCCCCUCCAUGGCAUGAUUCUCAUAAUUUUGGACGCUCCGGUGGAAGAAAGUGAAAAAGAGUGGGCGGUUCCUCAUUGCUUCACCAUCUAUUCUGCACACAGGACCAUAGUGGUGGCGGCCAGCUCUAAACUGGAGAUGAACAAGUGGAUCGAAGAUCUCAACAUGGCCAUCGACUUGGCAAAGAAGUCUCAGGAGAAGUCCAGCAUCUUCCUGGACGGAGGCCUUGCCGAUCACUCCAAUCGCUCUUCGGAUGAGGUUUCUCUGGAGCAGGAGUCAGAGGAUGACAUGAACUCGUCGCGCACGUCGCUGGAAAAGCAGGCGCACCACCGAGCCAACACCACCAUGCACGUGUGCUGGCACCGCAACACCAGCGUAUCCAUGUCAGACCACAGCUUAGCUGUGGAGAACCAGUUGUCGGGGUACCUCCUGAGGAAAUUCAAGAAUAGUAACGGCUGGCAGAAACUCUGGGUAGUUUUCACCAACUUCUGCCUGUUCUUCUAUAAGACUCACCAGGAUGACUUCCCACUGGCGAGCCUGCCGCUGCUGGGCUACACGGUGAGCACGCCGGAAGAGGCAGACGCCAUCCACAAGGAUUAUGUCUUCAAGCUGCAGUUCAAGUCACACGUCUACUUCUUCCGGGCAGAGAGCGAAUACACCUUUGAGAGGUGGAUGGAAGUGAUCAAGAGCGCGGCCACCGCUACAGGCCGUGUGAACCUGCUGGUCCCCUCCAAAGGAGGAGGCCCCCCAGCCGAGAUUAACAUAAGAUGAUGUGAACGAGUCCGCUUCUACCCCUCCCUCCGUUAACCACCUUAACAUUGAUCUCCCUCGGAGGCUCUUUCAAGAUUUAUAGGACCAACUUAGCGACAAGGAUCAAGAAGGUCUUAACGUUGAAGGAGUUGUGAGAUGAAGAGAAAAGACAAUGACGAAAAAGGUUCCUGAAGGUGCAAAUGAGAGACUUGAACGCAUCGGUGCUGAUGUUAAAUCAGUAUUUGUCAUUAACUCAUUGGCUGACAUUGACAGUGAUGGACAUCCAAUCCAUUUGUAAAUGGAUUAGAUGUCUAUUGCGGUCAGUGAAACUGAGACGUGAUCAUUCUAACGGUCUAUUUAUUGUGUAGUGUGCGUGCGUACGGUGUGUGUGGGUGGCUCAUUUAUUUAGACUACCCCUUGAUUCGCAGUCAAAUAAUAUCAUUUCAGACUAAACAUUGAGCCUGUAUUUUUUUUAAUCAAAAAUGAACCGUCUGAAUGCGUAAACUGUGUGUUUUCAGCUGUGGUUAUUUAUUAGGGCAUGAGCACCAACAUGGUGCGAAGCCGCUAUUGCUCUGCAAAGGAUUACUAUUAUUCUUUCUUCAUGGCAAAUGAAAAUAGCCCAUUUGGAGGUCUUAACAUGCUCAAAAACUCACCAAAAUUUGCACAAACAUGCGGAGUCUCGAAAAAUUUCGAUAAUUUGGCAACGAAAAUGUCAAAAAAUAGCUCAGUGGCGCCCCCUGGAAUUUUGUAAAAAGGCCUCUCCAUUUAAGUUUUUUUCAACGUAGAGCGAUGAAAUUUGGGGAGUUGAUACCUUGGGCCAAAAUGCUUCAAAAAGUCUCUUGCACCCAUAUUCCAAACCCAACAGGAAAUCUGGUAUUUUGGAUUAAAUAUUGAAAAACAUGACAUUUUUGUCGAAAACCAGGGUGCACGUUUUAGACCAUUGCGCCGAGGCAGUUGGAUCCUCUUCAAAAUUGGUGAGACUUUUCAUGAGACAUAUGAGAUGUUUUCAUUUACGGGCCUGACCUGGACGGAGUACCAAAAUCGGGCUUAUUUGGGGAUUAGGGUAAGGGUUUAGGGUUAGGGCUUCUUCAGGGCAAAUGAAAAUGGCCAAUUUGAAGUUCUGAACAUGCUCGAAAAAUUCGCACAUAUCAAAAUGGUGAGUUUUCAUUCACGGGCUGACCUGUGCGGGGCGUUUUUUUUUUUGUGUUAGGGUUUAGGGUU